AGAAAUGGACCGAACGGACCCGCAGCCGCACGCACCGUGCCCCACUCGGAGCUGCUGAAGGCUCCCGGCGCGCCGCGUAGCCUUGGAGAGGUCCAGGCCGGGUGCGGAGAGCGGAGGGACUGCGGAGCCAUGUAGAUCCAGGCUCCUGCCCGCCCGCCUCCUCCAGGAUCGAAUCAAGGGCUCCCACGGUGUUAGGAGGGGGCGAAGUGCUGUUUAUCGUCAUUUGCUUCGGAGCUUCGGGAGAGGGUUGGCAUUUUGCUUUUCCGCCCAGCAUCCUCCGGAACUCCCUGCACCGGAGCGAGGACGGCGUCUCCAGGUUGCGGGCGGCGGGUGAGAAUGGGGGCAGGGUAUGAACGUUUCCGCCACGGCUGCUCAGCACAGCGACUGUCCGACUGAGAGGGGCGCCGGACGAGCGCACGGGGGCGGCGAGUGGCCCGGCGCCUCCCGGGUGCCGCUGCGGCGGCCGCUCCGGCCCGGUACUGCAAGGCGACCUGCCGCAUUCCACGCGGGCUCUCCGCCGACUCAGCACCGCCCCUGCGCCAAGCCGCCGGCCAGCGUCCAUCGAUCGCCCUGGUGGGAGCUUAGAAGGCGGCAGGCGAAGAGGGGUAGGAGGGGGGAGAGCCGAGGAGAAGCAGAGGGGGUGGCAGGCGUGGGGAUCUGCUGAGCUGGCAUUGCACCGGGUCCUAGCAGGGCUCUCGGAGGGGAGGGGAGGCCAGGGCGACCCCCGAAGCGAUGGCCCGGUCCCCUAGAGCGGCACUGCCUUAAGGCACCUCGGAGCAGGAAGAAAUACCAAAAAAACGGAAAGCAAAAAUCCCAACUCAGCCCUCGGCAAAAAGCUGCAGCCGGGCCCGCAAGCGAGGGGGAUUCCAAAUUGAGUCAAAGGCAGGGUGGAGGGGACCGCCAGGAGAAGCGAAGUCGCAGAUCCCUCGACCUGCUCGCUCGGAAGCCCCUCCCCCUGAGCGUGGGGGAGCCGAGCACUCCGGUGGGGGGGGCGCUCGGGUCCCCCCCACCCCUCCUCCCUCGCGCUCUCCCGGCCCAGACUCCCGCCUGGCCUCCCGCCCCUGCGCCCGGCUUCCACCAUGACGGUGAUGUCUGGGGAGAACGCGGACGAGGCCUCGGCCGCCCCGGGCCACCCCCAGGACGGCAGCUACCCGCGGGCGGCCGAGCACGAAGACCACGAGUGCUGUGAGCGCGUGGUCAUCAACAUCUCCGGGCUGCGCUUCGAGACGCAGCUCAAGACCCUGGCGCAGUUCCCCAACACCCUGCUGGGCAACCCUAAGAAGCGCAUGCGCUACUUCGACCCCCUGAGGAACGAGUACUUCUUCGACCGCAACCGGCCCAGCUUCGACGCCAUCCUCUACUACUACCAGUCCGGGGGCCGCCUGCGGAGGCCGGUCAACGUGCCCCUGGACAUGUUCUCCGAGGAGAUCAAAUUUUACGAGCUGGGCGAGGAGGCCAUGGAGAAGUUCCGGGAGGACGAGGGCUUCAUCAAGGAGGAGGAGCGCCCUCUGCCCGAGAAGGAGUACCAGCGCCAGGUGUGGCUGCUCUUCGAGUACCCCGAGAGCUCGGGGCCCGCCCGAGUCAUCGCCAUCGUCUCGGUCAUGGUCAUCCUCAUCUCCAUCGUCAUCUUUUGCCUGGAGACGCUCCCCGAGCUGAAGGACGACAAGGACUUCACGGGCACCGUCCACCGCCUCGACAACACCACGCUCAUCUACAAUUCCAACAUCUUCACGGACCCCUUCUUCAUCGUGGAGACGCUGUGCAUCAUCUGGUUCUCCUUCGAGCUGGUGGUGCGCUUCUUCUCCUGCCCCAGCAAGACGGACUUCUUCAAAAACAUCAUGAACUUCAUCGACAUUGUGGCCAUCAUCCCUUAUUUCAUCACCCUGGGCACCGAGAUAGCUGAGCAGGAAGGCAACCAGAAGGGCGAGCAGGCCACUUCGCUGGCCAUCCUCAGGGUCAUCCGGUUGGUGAGGGUUUUUAGAAUCUUCAAGCUCUCCCGCCACUCUAAGGGCCUCCAGAUCCUGGGCCAGACCCUCAAAGCUAGCAUGAGAGAGCUAGGGCUGCUCAUCUUUUUCCUCUUCAUCGGGGUCAUACUGUUUUCUAGCGCAGUGUACUUUGCCGAGGCGGAAGAAGCUGAGUCGCACUUCUCCAGUAUCCCCGAUGCUUUCUGGUGGGCGGUGGUAUCCAUGACCACCGUAGGAUACGGUGACAUGUACCCUGUGACAAUUGGAGGCAAGAUCGUGGGCUCCUUGUGUGCCAUCGCUGGUGUGCUGACAAUUGCCCUGCCCGUACCUGUCAUUGUGUCCAAUUUCAACUAUUUCUACCACCGAGAAACUGAGGGGGAAGAGCAGGCUCAGUUGCUCCACGUUAGUUCCCCUAACUUAGCCUCUGACAGUGACCUCAGUCGCCGCAGUUCCUCUACUAUCAGCAAGUCUGAGUACAUGGAGAUCGAGGAGGAUGCGAAUAACAGCAUAGCCCAUUAUAGACAGGCCAACAUCAGAACUGGCAAUUGCACCACAGCUAACCAAAACUGCGUUAAUAAGAGCAAGCUACUGACCGAUGUUUAAACAAACAAACAAACAAAAAACAAACAAACAAACAAAAACAAGCCAAUGAGCAAACAAAAAGUCCCACUUAGCAGCUCAGAAAGACUUAAACAAAACAAUAAAACCUAGUGACUCAUGUCACACUUUGUAGAUACUUUACUAAAUAGUCUUUGAAUGCUCUAUUUACCUGUCAAUGCAUUGUUGCAUUGUGGCUUCCGGGGGUGGUGAACCAGAAGCUUUCAAGAUCCGUGAAAAAAGAAACUAUUUUCAUUUUCUUAAUAAAUGGGAAAAGAAAGAGUAUUUUCUAAAACUGGCUUUAAAAAAUUCAGUCCAUGAACUAGUCUAGGUAAAAUAAGGAUCAUGUGCUUCCCUAUACUGAAACAUUUUUAAUCCUUUGGCUUCUUUAACUUUUUUUACAACUAAAAACCAGAUGAUCACUUAGAAAUAUAAAGUUAAAAUAUGCAUGGGAUUCCAAUAUAAAAUCUUUGCAAACUGCACAGCACAUUUAAGACAGUGCAUUGGAUGUGUUGUAUGUAACAUGAUAUACCAGCCAAAGUGGGCAAUGAAGGAUUAUUUUUAUUUUGAUCAACUGAAUUGCAUAUUAUAAGGUGAAAAAUAACAAAAUUACUUAAGACUGGUUCACAGAGCACCUUGUAAAUCUGAUACUGGUCCUGAUCUGAUUUCCCCUCUGCCCUGUUCUCCCAAUCCAGACUAUUAUCUUAAGAAAAAAAUAACUGAAUUAAAUUAAUUGAUUCAUCUGCAGUGCUGCUAAGUUUUCUCAACUGCGGAGGAGCCGAAUACAGGUCUUUUCUCACCAGGCCUGCACCCUGACCCCUGGCCUUCAGAACUGGAUGUAAAACCUUAGCCUCCUUAUUGCAAGAGAGCACAAAUGGAGUUAAAUGUAAGCAUGUUUGAAUCUGAUAACAUUUAUUUUAUAAUCGCAUGCUGAGAAGUUAACCCAGACAAUAGCGGAUAAGCUUAAGUUAAAAUUGACUCUUCUAAAAAUAGAUCCCUUUUCAUUUGCAUUCACCAAAAGUGCACUCCUCCAUUUAUUAACUAUUUUAUUAGUAAAUAAAGUACUGUAUUUAAGUGCAUAUGUUAGAUGGGAACAAUAACUUUUUGGAGCGCAAAGCAUGUUCUCUUAUUCAGCAUUACGGCCUCUUUGAUUAAGAUGUACCUUGAAUUAAGUAAUGCAUGAUCUCAGUAAUAAAAAUUAAAAAAAAUAAUAAAAAUUACAAGUCUGUGGGAUGAAAGGCCCAACAGAAACAAUGGGGGGUGGGGGUGGAGGGCACUCAGUCAAUUUUCCUGCCUUUGCUCAGGGAAAUGUCAGGUUUUUGUGCAGGUGUAGGCAGAGAGAGGACCAAUAUGCCCAUCCCUUAAAGGGAAGCUAUGAGAAAAACUAAAAAAAUUAUCAAGGUAUAUAUAGCAACACCUAAGAAAACAUAUCCUUUCUAGAUGAAGAUAAACACAAGCAAAACAAACAAAAAAAGGUGCAAUACUGCAUGUUUUUUGGUGCAUUUUUAGGAUGUAAAUGAAAAUGUUUAUCUAUUGUAUGCAUCCAAAGCAGAGCUGAUUUUUCUUUGCAGUCAUGAUUUGAAGUCUGUAGAGACUUUGACCCUCCCCUCGAGGCUCCCUGAAGAAACUCAACCAAUUGAUUUAAUAGUUGCUUAGUGCCUUUAUCCUGUACCCACAGUGAACUGCAGAAAGUGCCUCCACACACAGCUGAGAAGUUAGGUAACAAAAGGGGGAAGGGUUGGGGCACAGAUAUUUUGCUUUUUCUUUUUCCAUCCUCACCCUUUCAUUUCACCACUGUGAGAAGACCACACCACCCUAAACCCUGGAGAGGAGCGAUCCAGGGGGGUGCUGUCUCUCUAGCCAUCCACUGGACUCGGUUCCUUUGGCAUCCUCACGCUGGGUGUGAACUGAGACCCAUCUUUGAACUGGACAUAAACCGUGAACUUGUUUUCUCCUCUUCUCCACCGAAGCCAAGAUAAACUUUUGGGAAUUUGUUUCCUAUCAAGGGCCACUCUGGACAUGCAAGGCUUCCUCAGGUCCAGUGUAGAUUCCUGGCACAUCUCCCCGUUCUUUCUCUGCUAGCAACAGCACUUUGCCAAUCUCUGUGAUAGUCUGAUCUUUUCAGGCAUCAUUGUGGAUGUGGGAACACUCAGUUCAUAAAACCUUUCCUAGGCCUUCCCUCCUGGCCCAUCGCUUUCAGAUAUUUUCUAUGAUGCUCCUAUGAUCCUCCCACCUGGCAGUCACUUCACAGGCUGAGCAUCUGACUUCUGCUGCCCCAGUCACCCAGCCCAGAGAGCGUGGGGACGCUGCGCCCAGCUGAAAGAGAGCCACAGAACACAGGCCUCUGCAGCCCCAGCCAGCAGCUGUCCACCGACAGAGAGGCACUCACAGCCUUUUUAAGGACCCUGAGGUGGGGAAUCUUCAUUCUGUACUUAGCAUGUGGCCACCUGCUGCUGCCUACCUGACAUUCCUGCCUGGCUUCUUCCAGAAAUCUUCACUGUUACUCUUGUCCCUUGUCCCUCACCCUAUCCUAGAACUAGCAGUGAGGCAAUCAGCCUAGAGAUCGAGUUAGGCGGGCUCGCUCGAUGGCAAGAAAGAAGGUGGAUGUGUUAUCUUGCUGUGCGACUCCAUGAAUCUGUGAGGUGACUGCAACACAUCGUGGAAGACAAGGGGCCAAGAACUGCACAGCGUCUGACUACAGGGCAUUAAACCCUUCCGUGUGACGUCUCCUUCUCGUCUGAACCUUAACUCGUCCUGGCGAUUCCUCCCCUACUUGCUUAAAAGUCCUCGGUUGAGAAAAAAACACCAACCUGCCCCCAGUCCUCGGGGAUAACUUGAUCUUUUGUUUCAACUUUGAGGUCUAGGACACACAGAACUUGAAACGCUGCACUCUGUCAACAGCAAUAAUCCACUCGGUACUGUGGAACGGAUGAGUUAGAGGAUGAGAAACUGGUGUUAAGGCUGACUCUGGCUCCCUGGUAUACUUCCGGAGCUGUACCCUGGACUGGUUGAUUCUUCUGCAUGUAAAAUAGGGAAAAGUGCUGCAUGCGGCGAACCCGUCAGCCUGGGAUUGGGGUGAGGUUGUUACGCGUGUGGGGUGGUGUGAGGAUAAUGAACGCUGCUUGGCCCAUCUGUAGCUCACUGCAGUGAAUUCAGCACGAGUGGAGCACAGGGAUGAUCUGUGUGGCAUAGGCAUGUGACGUUUGCCCAAGCGCUUACCCUUCGCACUGCAAUGUGCUGAAAUGUCUUUGUAGGCCUGAAGGUGCACUUAACAAAACUGCCUAUUAAGGGACGACUAUCUUUUGGUUUACUUAUUCACAUUUAUUUUACCAGGCUUUUUACCUUUUCUUCCCCUUCCUAGAUAUUGAGCAUUCAUGGCUCACGUCCUGCAUAUGUGUUUUCUCCAGAGGGAGAAGACUUCUGACGUGCUGAUAGCCAUAGCUUAGCUCUUCCAGUGCAUCGGGGCCCUAGUUCAAUAGGGUGGCGGUGGGAGGGUUGGGUCUCACCAGGCUGUUAGCCAUCCAGAAUCUCUGAAGUGGUUAACUCACCUGAAGUGAUCUGAAUCAGAGAGACCAAAGACAUUCAUUUCCUCUGUCCUCAGAUUUAUCGAAGACAGAUUGUAGCCAGGAAAGGUUUUUGUUGUUGCAUCUCCCCUUCCACAGCUGUGCACAACUCCCCUCACUUGCCCUUGAGAUUCGAGUUCUGAUCACCAUUUAAAUCAGUUCAUGGGAACCUGUUAGUGGGUCGGCCUUGCAAAGUCAGGUAAACUGGUGGCCAGGCCUUCUCUGGGAUGACGGCCGAGGAGCAGUCGUUUCCCUAAAAUGAAAUUGUGCGGCAGGGCUGGAUUCCACUGUGGUGGAACUGAAGCACAGGUGGCAUCGCAGUCUUGGUUCACUUGAGAAUAAAAAAGAAACCUUGUAAACAGUAAAUGAGGAAUGCAUUUCUUUAAGUAGAAAUUUGCUUUAGUCCAUAAAGGGCCUUCUUCAUGUUGUGCACAGUUACACAUUUUUCAAAUUAGUUGCCAUCUAGAAGUUGUAAAAAUAAUUCCCUACCCCCACCCCCAUUUGAUUAUAGGAGACCUCAAAACACAUGCUCUUUAACAAUUUGAAAAUUUAAUUCCUUGUUUGGUGGAUUGGCUUGAACAGAAAGGAGAGCGAGAACAUUAGCAGAAGGCAGUUCCCCAUUUUCUUCCAGGAAUGACUUAUUCCUGGGAGUGGUGAGAAUCGGUGGGUGGUAACCAUCCACAGUAUAGAAUUGUUAGAAAGAAUAUAAACUGCCAAACAACCGUGUUAUCUUCCAGCUUUUUUUCGAGCAAGAAUGAGGUCUUUUGAUGUUUAUAUUCAUUUUAAGAAGACAAAGAAACAAACUAAAAUUUUAAGGUCAGACACAACCCAAGUUGAAUUGUGAUCUCAGGAGGUGACUUCUCAUCUAACAUGUGGUGUAUUAGUACUUGUAUUUAUAUCUUGGAAUUUCAGGGUAUAUGUGACCAUGUCUAGCAUGACUCAGGUAAAUCUUAAAAGAAUGUACAUUACUUACCAUUUUUGUAAAGAAGCAAACAGGAGCUGAAUUGUUAACCAAAAUUGUUCCAUUACCUUGGGUCACUGUGCAAACUCAUUCAGGGUAUGGAUGUCAGAUUUAGAAGCCUUGGGAUCAAAUGCCAGUAUCUUUGCUCAGGCAAAAUGACCACGGGCUUUCUUGGGAAGCCCAGUGCGUAAGUGAGGAGUGAGGCCCUGCUGACCUCAGGGCUGGAAGCUUUAAGGACAUUGACCAUAGUCACAGUGAUUUUCAUUUAGGAAUUAACUAGGGGUUUACUUUUUAUGAUGUGGGACUUCAAAGAGUAUAGACAAAUUUCAUACCACAAUCAGAAGAAGAAGAAAUGGUGUAAGGAAAGAAAACAUAACAAAACAAGAAAUCCCUUGCAAAGUAUUCCAGGUCAAAAGUUGUCUCCUUUCCAAAACUUGCAGAAGCACCUUUCUUCUCUUCAGCGCACUGUUUUGGGACUGUUUGCGCAGCAGCUGUAAGUAGACAGUGUGAACUCCAUGUGACAUACCUCUAAUAUUAAAGAAUUACUGAGGUUAAAAAUAAAAAUUGAGUAGUAUUAAUUUAAAGUGCACCAUCAGGACAACAAACCAUUUAAGCUGAAAAGCACUUUUAUUUCUUGAGUUUGCCAGUUGCUUAUACCUUGAGUUAAGGAUGUGUCUCAUCUUCACCUCCUGUGCAUUUUCCCUUCUCCUACUGUUUAAUAUGUCAGGUCGAGGACAUUGAAUGUUACGAAUUGAGAACCUAAUUGAUGCGCAUAGUUUUCAUCUAUGCAAUUUUACUUGCUUCUGUCACUUUAUGAUCUGUUCAUAUUUGGCAUCAAUUAAAGAUAAUUUUUAAGGAUCUUA